UCUGGUUUCUCGUCUGGUUACUUAGUAUACAUGCGCAAUCGCGGAGACCUCACGGAACCCUAGAAUCUAGGAAAAAAUGUCCUCUUGGCAGGUUGUCGAUGGUUUUCGGUGGAAGGUCGGUGGCCGCAUCAUCCCGUCUGACUCCGAUUCUACCCCUACUGCUCUUCUUCCUUCCAUGGCUGAUCUAUUGCUCCAAGGAUGCUCGAAGCUUCUAGAACCUGAAGAAACUCCCAUGUUCAGGACCGGGUCGGGGAAGUCUGUUUCCCUAAAAGAGUCUUCCAUUUCUAGAGCCAUGCCAAUUCUUGCCCAUGAUACGGUUGCUACUUCAGGGUGUUCCAAGCUCCACGAGAAGGAAGGAGAUGGAGCUGGAACUCUGCCUUUAUUCAGAACUGCCUCUGGGAAAUCAGUCCCUCUGAAAGGAUCUUCCAUCACCAAAGCUUUGUCUGUUCUUGGAGAUGAUACUAUGGCUCUCUCUGGUACGGUUCUUGCUGGAGAGAGCGGAUUAGGUUUUGCAAACUCGUUUUUUCAGACGGGUUCUGGGAAGAAGGUAGAGGUAUCUUCUGCAGGUUUGGCAAGAGCCAAGGUAUUGCUAGGACUAGAAGAAGACGAUCUGAAUGGCUUUUGCCAUGUGAAGGAGUUGUCUUCUUCACGCCAGCAACAUGGGUUGGUUGGGUUGGAAAAUAAAAAACAGUCUGAUGCUGCAUCAGUUCUGAGUGAUUCAGGAACUCCUAAGCUAUAUGGAGGUGAUUUGUCAAGGAGGCAACCGGAAGUUUCAAAUACAAGUUCAAUGGUGCCUCAGUUAAAAUUUCAGACUGCUGGAGGUAAAUCAUUGUCAGUUUCAAGUGAGGCACUGAAACGUGCAAGGAACCUUCUAGGGGAUACUGAUUUGGGAAAUUUCUUAGAAGAUGUAGCAGUAGAUGGCAAUUUCUUUAUACCCCAAAAAGAGCAGAGAUCAGAUAAUAUUACAAUAAACAAUGGAUGUGGCAGCUUCGGGCUCUUUAAUCAUCAAGGAAAGACAAGCAGCAAGCAUACAUCUAUACCUCCUUUGCAGUCAUCUUCCAAGCAAUUAAGAUCUUUAGUUAAUACAGGAAACCGAGCUGCAGGGACAAAUUUAAUCAAGAAGUUUGAUGCUGUUGUCAAUGAGAAAGAUUGUGCGCUGAAUGUUGCUAGGCCUGCCAUGCAGGAGCUGUUACCCAACAAACAUUCAAUGUCAGAUUUUUCAGUGAAUAAUUCCAAGGAAAACAUUUUCAGCUCAAGAAUUAAACAUUUUGGAAGACCACUUGCCGAUAUAACAAAUUCCCGUAGCACAGCUUUUGCAGACGAUAAACAAGCCAGCAGCGAAAAGAAAAGAUUGGGUCGUACAGCUUCUGUUUCUCCUUUUAAAAGGCCACGGACUUCCAUCUUUCAUACUCCUUUGCGGAAGAACGUUCGGCAUGCUCCAAGUGGUUUAUCUGUCGGAUCUUCGGAUAAUCCAUGUUCCAAAAGAGUUAUAUCUACUCGAUACCCACACAGGAUUCAGAGAGUAUCUAUGAAGGAAUAUUUUGGAAUGCAUCCCUCGAUUGAGACCAAGUUAGAUCAUUUGCCCAAUCACGUCAGAAGAAUCACAUCAAGUAAUGCAGAUAACUAUGUUUUCUGUGACAAUUGUGGCCAAAACAUGAUUGGGGCUGAAGCUUUUCUCCAAAUGUUGGCUGAAUCUGGUGCCUCCUUGCAACAUGCUUCUAGAGAGUGGGUCAGCAAUCACUACAGGUGGGUAGUUUGGAAACUUGCAUGUUAUGAGAAAUACUACCCAGCCAAAUGCGCUGGAAAUUUUUUGACAAUCCCCAAUGUCCUUGAGGAGCUAAAAUACAGAUACGAGAAGGAAAUAAAUCAUGGUAAAUGCUCUGCAAUCAAGAGAAUUCUGGCUGGGGAUGCACCAGCUUCCUCGAUGAUGGUACUCUGCGUAUCGGCUAUUCAUCCGAAGAGCAAUAAUGACUCUUGGGGAACAAAUAGUUCUGAUAAUAGCAACAAUGUGAAAGUAGAACUAACUGAUGGAUGGUAUGCAAUGGAUGCUGCUCUUGAUGUCAUACUAACGAAGCAUCUGAAUGCUGGAAAGUUAUUUGUAGGCCAGAAGCUCCGGAUCUGGGGAGCAGGACUCUGUGGCUGGGUUGGUCCAACAUCACCUCUAGAGGCAGUUAAUAAAAAUACGAUUUGUUUGCUCUUGAACACUAAUGGAACAUACAGAGCUCACUGGGGAGACCGACUUGGAUUCUGUAAAGGAGUUGGUAGCCCUCUGUCCUUUAGCUGUAUAAAGAGCAAUGGAGGUCUAGUUCCUAGAACAUUAGUGGGAAUAACACGAAUAUACCCCAUCCUAUACAAGGAAAGGUUAAGUACGGGGAAGUCCAUAGUUCGGUCAGAGAGAACUGAGAGUAAAAUGGCUGAGCUGCACAACCAGAGGCGUACAGCUCUUGUUGAAGGCCUUAUAUCUGAGUUCCAGAGGGGAAUCUGUGGUUUGCACGGCCAGAAUGAAAGUGACAUUGAAGGAGCCAAGGUCUUCAGGCUUCUGGAGAGUGCAGCUGAACCUGAACUCCUUAUGGCAGAAAUGAGUCCGGAACAAUUAACUUCUUUCACUACAUAUAAAGCAAAGCUGGAGGCAGCUACGCAAAAGGAGCUGGACAAAUCAAUAGCAAAAGCUCUGGUGGAUAGUGGCUUAGGUGAAAGGGAUGUCACUCCAUUCAUGAGAAUCAGGGUGGUAGGGCUAACUAGCAGGAAUUUUUCGGGAAGGCACAAGCCGAAAGAAGGCAUAAUAACCAUCUGGAAUCCCACAGAGAAACAGAAAACUGAGCUGACAGAGGGGCAAAUAUAUAGUAUCAAUGGGCUAACACCAGUGAACUCAGAUUCAGAAACACUUUACUUACAUGCCAGAGGGCCCAGCACAAGAUGGCAGCCUCAGUCGCCAGAAGCUUCUCGAGCCUUUCAGCCAUUUUUCAAUCCCCGUGCGUCGGCCUGUUUGUCAUAUCUGGAUGAAGUUCCUCUUUCCAGUGAAUUUGAUAUCGCUGCCUACGUGGUAUAUGUCGGGAAAGCUUACAUAGAUACAGCUCAGCAAAUAAAGCAGUGGGUGUUUGUGGCAGAUGGGUUGAAUAGUCUUCUUGCUAUAUGCUUCAGCUCGCCAGAUAUGGGCGACAUUUCGCUUCAGCAGAUGAGCUACAAUCUUGUCGGAUCCACAGUGGGGUUCUGCAAUCUCAUAAGACGGCCAAAGGACAAUAUGAACAAUCUGUGGGUAGCCGAAGCCACAGAGAACUCAACCUACUUGCCGAAUCCUUCUUCUCCCCACCUUAGAAGUGCCCUUCACAAUGUCCAAAGAUGGGCUAACUUCUCUGCCUCGGUGAUUGAAAAGCUUCGGCAGAGGGUUUUAUUUAUAAUCAGUGGGUGAUUGUUAGCAUAUUGAGCUUGAGGAAGUGACCCACUGGUGCCUGGUGGUGUUAAAAUCUUCUCUUAGCUGGCCAGGUUAUAUAUAUAUAUAUAUAACGAUCAUCUAUAUCGUAAAAGCUAUAUAGAUUUUGGAUAAAUAUGGUGGUACAGUUGGAGUUGAAAUUCGGUUGAUGGGAUUGGAGGUAUAUGAGAAAGCUAAGCUUUUAAUUGCAUAUUACUUUGGUUUCCAUUA